AGCUGUGCCACCGCGCUAUUUCGUUAUUUCAAACCAUGGCGUACUACGGUCAACCUGCGCCUCAACACGAUCAAAAUUUCUUGUGGAACGUUUUCCAAAGGGUGGACAAAGACAGAAGCGGUGCAAUUUCUACAGACGAACUCCAACAAGCGCUGUCAAACGGGACAUGGACGCCUUUUAACCCCGAGACUGUUCGACAAAUGAUCGGAAUGUUUGAUCGCGACAACAAUGGGACCAUCAAUUUUCAUGAGUUUGCAGCUCUGUGGAAAUACAUUACAGACUGGCAAAAUACCUUCAGAACUUAUGACAAAGAUAAUUCUGGACAUAUAGACAAGAACGAGCUUAAGACAGCUUUGACUAGUUUUGGUUACAGAUUGUCAGACAGAUUUUAUGAGAUUUUGAUCAAAAAGUUUGAUAGGAGUGGACGAGGAGUAGUCAAUUUUGAUGAUUUCAUACAGUGCUGUGUGGUAAUACAGGUCAGUUUUACCAAUGAAUAA